AUGGGUAAAAGAAAAGCACCUUCAGGGGAAAACACCCCAAACAGCGACUUUUGCGAAUUUCUCACAGAAUUGGCCGAAUACGAAAAAAACGUCAGUCGUAACAUCCACAAAUACAAUGCUUAUCGAAAAGCCGCCAGUGUUUUAUCAUCGCAUCCGACCCGAAUAACAUCAGGACAAGAAGCGAAAAAACUAAACGGAAUCGGUGAAAAAAUCGCGAAAAAAAUCGACGAGUUUCUCCAAACUGGAAAACUACAAAAACUCGAUAAUAUUCACAACGACUCUAAAACCACUGCAAUUAACUUAUUGACCCAAGUGACAGGAAUAGGGCCUGCAAAGGCCCAAACCCUCGUGAGUGAAGGAAUCACAUCUUUGGAAGACUUAGAGAAACACAAAGACAAGUUAAACCACCACCAGCUCAUCGGUUUAAAGUACUACCACGACUUCCAACAGAAAAUCCCAAGAAACGAAAUCAAACAAAUCGAGAAUCUCAUUCGGGGGCACCUCGAGCCCCAAAUACACCUAACAAUAUGCGGCAGCUAUCGCAGAGGCAAGCAACAAAGCGGCGAUAUCGAUGCGUUAAUCACCCAUCCAAAUUACACGAGCAGCCAACCUAAGAAAAAACAAAACCUACUGAAAAACGUUGUUACGGCGUUACAAAAUUGCGGCUUAAUCACCGAAAUUAUUUCAUUGGGAGACACAAAAUUCAUGGGGGCUUGCAAAUUGGACAAAAACUCGAUUACAAGGCGAUUAGAUAUACGCUUAACCCCCUUUGAUCAAUACUUUUGCGCCGUUCUGUACUUCACCGGAUCUGACAUGUUCAAUAAGCAAAUGAGGGCACACGCCCUGGACGCGGGGUUCACCCUGAACGAGUACACUUUACGGCCGGUUGGCAGCACUGGGGUGCCAGGGGAACCCCUCGAAAUUCACUCAGAGAGGGACAUUUUCGACUGCAUUGGGUUCCCCUAUAAGGAGCCGCAAGACAGAAACCAAUAA